UGGCAAUUGUAUCACAUCACCGUACUAGCAUGUCUGCCAGAGCGAACGAUAUGGGACGGCGUGCGGCGGUGCGGUGUGGCAUGGUGAUGUUGUUCUUCGUACUCGCUACGUCCUCCCCGGGACACGAUAGGACAUCGCUUGUGUAUGCAUCUAUCGACAGUUCCCCAUCUGCACAGGUGUCGACCGGCAAUCGUACCAGCUACCGGCAUCAACGCAUCGAUAGCCCUAAUAAUCUCAAUGGAAGCAAACCCACUCCAACGCUUCCAACGCUGACAGGUGCCAUAGCGGCAGCGUCACCAGUGUACGCCAGCCUAGUGAAUCGUUCUUCGCGCAAUGCCGGUGGACAGACAAGUGUGCAAGGGUGUGAUUAUGACGGUGCCAGUGUGAAAACUGGAACCAGUGGGGUGAUCGACGACGGGCAAGGGAACUUCGUCAAGUUUGCCAUACUUCUACCGGCAAAGUCGAACAACCCGCGCGACGUUCGCAUCCUGUCCACCGUGCUGCCAGUGAUCGAGAUGGCGAAAAGGAAUGUGACCGCACCGGGAGGUUUGCUGCAGAACCUUCGCAUCGAAAUUGACCAUCGCGAUACGCAGUGUUCGUCCACUUACGGUGCUCUCGGAGCGUUCGAUAUCUUUCUUAAGCGUAAACCAGACGUGUUUAUUGGUCCGAUAUGUGAUUACGUGAUAGCACCGAUCGCUCGCUACUGCUCCGUCUGGGGCAUCCCGCUGAUAACGUCCGGCGGGCUUACGGAAGCAUUCACGCUCAAAGUGCCCAACUAUCCGACGCUGACGCGCAUGAUGGGCAACUACCACGCGUUCGGGCUGAUGAUGCGCGAGAUGCACCGGCACUACAACUGGACGAUCCAGGCGUACCUGUACCACGAGUGGGACGAGAAGUCUGGCCUCGGCUUUACCGACUGCUCGAUGGCGAUCACCUCCAUCAACCGUGCGAUCGGUGGCAACGAAACGUCGUCCGGGACCUUCGACGAGGAGAAGGCCCAGUAUGCCGAUUACCUUCGGUUGCUACGGCAGAUUGAGAAGCGCGCAAGAAUUCAUUUGUAUCGAUGGAAUUUGGUAGUUGUUAUCAUGUGCGCCAGCCCGUCGGCGAUCCGGGAAAUUAUGCUGGCGGCCGCCGAACUCAACAUGGUCAACAGUGGCGAGUACGUGUUUUUCAACAUCGAAAUAUUUGGAAGCAUGACGGCCACGAAACAACCGCCCUGGUACUCGAAGAACGAUACGGACGAGCGCAAUCAGAAGGCGAAGGAAGCGUUCACCGCCCUGCUACAGGUGGUUGCCCGCGAACCCGAGGACGAAGAGUAUCGCCAGUUUUCCGAGGAGUUGAAGGAACUGACCAGGACGAAGUAUAACUACACGUACGGCGAGGAUGAGGUCGUUUCAACGUUCGUGACGGCAUUCUACGAUGCGGUGCUGCUGUACGCGUACGCACUCAAUGACAGCAUUGCGCUACUGGGAGAGCAGCAGGCCCUCCGGCAACCCAUCAACGGUACGCACCUGGCCCAGCUGAUGUGGGGUCGCAGCUUUAAGGGCAUUACCGGCAACGUGACGAUAGACUCGAACGGUGACCGGAUAUCGAACUAUUCGCUGCUGGAUCUCAACCCGGACACGGGACUGUUUGAGGUCGUUGCGAACUAUUACUAUGGAGGAGGUCUUCAGUUUGUCGAGGGUAAAGCUAUCCAUUGGGCUGGUGAUCGCACUAAGGCACCUCCGGAUAGACCAACCUGCGGUUUCGAUGGAUCUCUCUGUCCAGAUAAUUCUCUACCAGGCUACGCAAUCCUAUCGCUUGUACUUGGCGUGUGUGUUGUUUGUAUGGGCAUUGCGUCGAUCGUUGGCUAUCGGCACUACAAGCUUGAGGCCGAAAUCAACUCCAUGACGUGGAAGGUGAACCCGAACGAUGUGCUGUCCUGCAAUCCUAGCCGCGGACAUCGUGGUAGCUUCCAUUCGAUGGUGAAGCGAGGCAGCCAAGCUACGAUCUACUCCGAGGAUCUCAACUCGUUGCCGGGCGAUCGACAGAUCUAUAUCCACUUCGGGUUCUACAAGGGCUGCAAGGUGGCGAUCAAGAAGAUCAACGUACAGAACCUUAGCCUCACCCGGUCGCUUAUGCUCGAGUUUAAGCGCAUGAAGGACAUCCAGCACGACCAUCUGGUACGGUUUUACGGUGCCUGUCUGGAUCUGCAUCCGGAACCGUUCAUACUGACCGAGUACUGCCCGAAAGGUUCGCUGCAGGACAUACUCGAGAACGAGACGAUCAAGCUGGACUGGAUGUUUAAGAUCUCGCUCAUGCACGACAUCGUCAAGGGUAUGGCGUUCCUGCACUCGACCGACCUACACUCGCACGGUUCGCUCAAGUCGUCCAACUGUGUCGUCGAUUCGCGGUUCGUGCUCAAGGUGACGGACUUUGGGCUGCAUCAGCUGCGCCGUAGCACGGACGAUGCCGACAUUGAGAGUUACGCUUACUGGCAGAAGCUCCUCUGGACAGCGCCAGAACUUCUGAGGGAUCCCCAGUGUCCACCGGCGGGCAGCCAGAAAGGUGAUGUCUACUCGUUCGGCAUCAUCAUCCAGGAGAUCGUAUCACGCCAAGGUCCAUUCUACCUCGGCACAGAGGAAAAAUCUCCCAAAGAAAUCAUCAAAUUAGUCAGAGACGGACCGGGCAUGAUGGAUCAUCCCUUCCGGCCAAAGGUAGACGAGUCGUCGUACGAGGACGUAAACAACAUAAUGAUUAAAUGCUGGGCCGAGGAACCGGCAGACCGGCCCGACUUUAGUGGGUUAAAAACUAUCAUCAGAAAAAUUAACAAAGAAAAUGAAUCUGGUAACAUAUUAGAUAAUUUAUUGCAACGCAUGGAGCAGUAUGCGAACAAUCUGGAAGCCCUGGUGGACGAACGAACGCAGGAUUACUUCGAGGAGAAGCGCAAAUGCGAAGAACUGUUGUACCAACUGUUGCCCAAAUCCGUAGCGGCACAGCUGAUCAUGGGCAAAUCUGUGAUAGCGGAAACGUAUGAUCAAGUAACUAUUUAUUUUAGCGAUAUUGUCGGCUUCACCUCGAUUUCGGCCCAAAGCACCCCGAUGCAGGUCGUCGAUCUGCUGAACGAUCUCUACACCUGCUUCGACUCGAUCGUCGAAAACUUUGACGUGUACAAGGUUGAAACAAUCGGUGACGCGUACAUGGUAGUGUCCGGGCUUCCGGUGCGUAACGGUAAUCUGCACGCGCGCGAAAUUUCCCGCAUGGCGCUCCGGCUGCUGGCGGCCGUCUACAAGUUCACCAUUCGCCAUCGGCCCAACGAGCAGCUACGGUUGCGGAUAGGACUGCACAGCGGACCAUGCGUGGCCGGCGUCGUCGGCCUGAAGAUGCCACGGUACUGCCUGUUCGGCGACACCGUCAACACCGCCAGCCGCAUGGAAUCGAACGGUGAAGCGCUCAAGAUACACGUCAGCCACACCACCAAAACGCUCCUCGACACGUUCGGCACCUUCGACCUAACCGAGCGAGGCCUCGUGCCGAUGAAGGGCAAGGGCGAAAUGCUUACCUACUGGCUGAACGGGGAACGAUCCGAACCGCUCACCCCGCUACCGAACGGCCUGAAAGGACCUUCGAUCAUGGCCGCCAACCGGCAACUGCUCGCCACCGACAGUGUCCUCCCGUCGUCGAUCGAUCCUUCGGCGCAGCUACUGCCACCAGCAACCGCGAACCAAAACAAUGGGAGUGUCCUCGUUGCCGGAUCGCCCCCACCGACCGGUAUCCUUAUCAACAACCAUCACCACAACAACAACAACAACAACUCACCCUGUAGCCUGAACAACAACAACAACAACAACAACAACUCGCCCAACAGCUGCCAUAAUCCGACACCACCCAAAAAGCUCAACAGCGUCUCGUACAGCUUCAUGAAAGCGUCCGGUUCGGCGGGCGGCAACACCACCAAUGGUGCGAGCGCCCCGAAAGCUUCCGCCCUAUCCAAACCAAAGCUCCCGGAGGUGGAAGCGUUACGUGGGGCAAGCGUUACGAAACCGUUACUUACCUGAAAGCGACGCGCUUCAGGACAUCUGGCGUCGUUUUUCUUUUGUGAUGUAAUUUUAUUAACUUCGUUUAGGAAAGGGGAGGCGUUUAGCGUUCGUACGUUGUUUUAAAUUACUCUCUAAUGUGUGCGUGUGAGUGAGUGAGUAUGUGUGUGUGUGUCUGUGUAAGGUAGCAGCAGUCAAGAAUUGUCGAUGCAGAAGAUUGAAAAAAUAAUGUAAUUUUCUCGCACCAGCUUUCUGUGUUCCCUGUGGAGGGACAGAAAAUCAAAUUUGCUAUCGAUUUCGAUAAAUUGCAGAUGACUGCCAAACACCUGUACUUAACUCGCGUUGGAAGUCGUUUCAAAUUUCUCCGGUCUUCGGAACAGGCAAACAAACAAAAAACCCAUAAUCGAAAGCUCACCGUGUGCUGUAACUGAACGUUGGCGCUGGCGAACCAUGCAAUCGGUUCCCGCAGCGUUCAGACAAAACCAAUUUACUAUCUACUGUAACCGUGAAGAAGUAGCGAAACGCAUCCUAACCUGACCGUGAGAGUUGAUGUUGUAUAAAGUGUAACAGACAGUGCGUAGCGGCUGUUAGAAGCGAGUGAUUUAAGAUUACUCUUAAUGUGUAUGUGUGUGUUUGUGUGUGUGUGUGUAAGAAGUAGUGUGUAAGGGGGGACGAGUCAGAAUUCCAGAUUUCAAAACGAUUAUACGUAUGUCCCGGUUACACUAUAAUUAAUCCAACCCAGGCUCUUGCAGCAGAAACGCAACGUGUGUCAUGCGGAUAGCAUACCUGUCGGGCGUAAGAAAAGGAUCAUCAGCUAGAGCAGAUAACGGGAAGGGAAAACGCCCAUUUGUAGAGUAUAUUUUUGUAAGUGUAUUAAGUGUAACAGUAGCGCGUACUAGUGGUAGUAACAGUAAUAGUAGUGUGGUAAGUUUUAUCUGUAGUACGAUGCAACCGGAAACGUUAUAAUGUGAUCAAAACAGCAAAACAGAAAGAGAAAAAAACAGGAACAUACAAAGGAAACAACAAGCAAAGGGGAAAAUAUCAAAUCGAUGCCAUUUGUAAUUAAUAGUAGUAUGUUGUACGUGUCGCACAACGCAGAACGUUAGCAAACCACGUGCCAAGUUUGAGGGGGAAGGCGCGGAUCGGAAGAGCAGUGAGCAGGAGGUGAACGGCUGGUGAAUGAUCGAAUUCAGGAAAGAAAUAUGGUGAGGACAUCCUGUGAAACUAUCUUGUCUUUAUGGAAGAGAGAGAGAAGAAGGUUGAAAAUGUUUCGAGUGGUUGUGUUUGUGUAUGGCGAGAGAUGAGGUUAUAAAGUUGUAUUUAUGCAUUAAACAUGUGUAUACCAAUA